AUGACCAAGGUGAGCGAUCAAUAGUUCAUAAGUUGAUAAGUGACAAAAAAACUGGUUACUCUUGGCAAACACUUGAGCCGCACCCCGUGGCUUUCGAAGUACGGUUCUGGGGUUCAGGCCCUCCAGGAGAGCUGAUGAGUUUGGAAUCAGCAAGUCCGACGACCUUUUCUUAAUUCCGAGGGGUUUCCCUAGAGGCUUCCUAAUGUUUUCCGGGUUUCCUCGAAACAAAAUUGCAAAAAAUGAACAAGAAGUUUUACUCAGACUUACAAGUGGGUGCAGUUUUUACUCUGGGAAUCUGUAGAGGAAAACAAUCCAAAUCUCAGCUUAAAUAUGGUUCGGUGUCUUGAUGAAUAAAAAAAGUUUCCUUCAAUACACUAUCAAAAUCUGAAAUUGAGAAAAAAGAUAGAUCCGAUUUUCCAAUAUUUGUUUCCCAAUAGUAGUACUCUUUUCAGUAAGGUCUCUUCCAAAAUCGAAGAAGACGUCAGGCUUGAGAAAAUUGCUUGCGGAAGCGUGAGACAAGACGAGAGCAGGAGAAGCUUUGAUACUUAAUCACACUAAUUUUCUCGUGUUUUGUCCAUUCAACGCGGCUUCUUCCCGCCUUUUCUGGACAUUCUUCUGAGUCCUUUUGUUGUUUCUUUUCUUUUUUCAUAUCUAAUUUUCGAAAUUUAUAGGCCGAAAGCCUGCUUUAUCAUUAUUCAGCUGCUCAGAGGAUACCCAACGAACUGAUUGUUAGGAAUUCUUUCGAAAAUGGCUUUCUGAAGAAAAUCAGUCGGAAAUUUGAAGAAAUUUCUUAAUUUAUAACCCAAACUCUAGUCCUAAAAUAAUUGUUCAAAAUUAACGUCAUUUUAACUUUUUUUGAUUUUUUUGAGAUUUAAAAAUCUUCCGAAUAUUCUGUUAGUUCGCCACUAAGAGAAAUGAGGCGCAGAAACGCCGUUCGUGCUGAAGGAGUGUACAAAACAUGUUUUCUUACAAUCCUGUAUCUUGAGACCGAUAAACAAAUCAAAUCUACAGUUUGCGUUCAAAAAGCCAAGCAAAAACUGAUUUAUCUACCGUAACCGGUCGAAUAUACAUUCCCAUUGGGUUGUUUGCUGAAACAAGGAAUCGUACAGCGGAUGGAAUUGUUUCUGAGAGCAAAUCGAAUCAAGACUGAUGGCCGUAUGGGAACAGGCAUCAGAACUAUCCGGCCGCCAUCUUUCCUCCGAUCAUAUAGUUUUCGUUUCGAGAGAAAAGGGGUUGCGUGGAAACUUUUUUGUGCAAUUAGCAUAGUUUAUUCGUGGCCAAGGCCCACACGAUUCUCAUAUUCGCCGCGAUUUUUCUCGUCUUUUUCUUGUUUUAUGCUUGCCGCGUUCCCGAAAGCGUUCAAUAAACCAAUUUAUAUCCAAGAGGUAAUUGAGUUCAUUGGGCGAACGGAAAGCUUUGGUUUUUGAGUAAGUAGCUUUGAAAAUACGAGUUAAUUAUGCAACAAGGGAGUAGUAGUGGAGAGCUCCAAAAAGGACGUUGAUGAGCGAAAAAUAUUGAAAAGAUUGCUGAGGUUUUUUCAGCGUGGACCCGAAGAUCUUCAGCUUGCCCUGAACGGCGCCCUCUUUGCCAACGUGAUGACAGCCGAUUCUGAACCCAAAAAGGUCCACUUUUUUGAUAGAGUAACUUAAUUAAUCUCAAAAAUCUUCAGGCAAAACUCGAUCCGACGGCUCUGUACUCGCAGUUCUAUGCAGCGCAAAUGAACGGUUUGGCCAACGCCUCGACGGCUCAUUAUCUCGCUGGAGCGCCUCUCACCCAGGUCAUUCCACUUUUACCGUUUUGAAUGAAUUUUUUCUCAACCUGAGAAAAUGCGUUUCGAAAUAAGUACUGUUGGUUGAAAAUUAUCGGAAGCGUCCGAUUCCCUCAAUUUCAAACUUGAAUUUAUUUAGUCAUUUUAGCUUAUAUUUUCAAUAUUUAAGUUUCCGAAAAGUGAAUUUAAGAUUUAAAAUUUCAAGUUCAAGUUCAUCCACCAUAAAGGCUUGAUUAAAGCAAUUUUAAAAUACCGCCUCUCAUUCCGACAUUCAAGUUUUUAUUAUUCGAUAUGAUGGUAAACUAAGUUUUAGCCUCAAAAAUUUUCACGGUUUACUGCUAAUUUAUUCAGGAUCCUUUCAAUUAAAAACGAGAAUAAAAAAAGAACGAGAAUUACAAGACUUUGAAGCAAAAAAAAGCUGUACAUUUUGAAUCGUCGAGAUAAGAAAAAACAACGAUUUGUCAAUCGCUUUUUGAUUAUAUUAGAAAGAACGAGACUGAAAAAGAAAUACUUUUGCUUCGAAACGGUUCGACUUCAGAUGCCCGCCCUGGCGUGCAGCGCCUCGUCUUCCACGACUGCGGCGACGUCGGCGACGACGUCCGUCCUUCAGACGCAGCCGCGGUCCAAGGUCGUCCACGUCCGCAACAUCCCGCCUGAUAUGGUCGACGUCGAACUGAUCCAGCUCUGCGUGCCGUACGGCCCUAUCUCCAACUACAUGAUGCUCAAAGGCAAAAGCCAGGUUUUCCUUUGCUUUCUUAAUUUUACAAGAAUUAUGGGAGGUUCGUCUCGUCUCAAAAAUACGCAAGUGUGAGAAAUGGGCCUCUUCGGCCAACGCUUAUUCAGCUAGAUCCUGACGUCGAACUCUAUUGUAUUUUUGUUCCUAUAGACCUCGGGAAAAGUCAUUUCAGUUGAAAAUUGAAACACACGUAGAUAUACGAUCAAAACUACAAUUAAAUCUAGUUUUUGUGAAAAAAAAACAGUUCCGAAAUUGUUUGAGCGGUUUUUGAAUAAUUCGUUCUGCAAAACUAAGACGUUUUUGCAGAAUAAUACUCUCGAACUUUCACCCAGUUCGUAUGAGAGUGUUUUGACCGAGAUUUUAAAAAGUUAAGCUCAAAAUAAUUUAUAUUAUAUCGUAAUCCUUCGAGCUAACGUAUCUCGAAAACCACUCGAAUGAGGAUAUUUUGUUUUGUUUUCAAAAAUCCAAAAAACCGUGUUCUACAACAAAUAUUCUAUAUAGAGAAAAAGUUACCAUACCGCCCAUUUUCCAACUCAGCCUGAACCUAAAUGGCUGAACAAGUCUGCGCUUAACUAACUUCUUUGAUGACUCUAUGACUCUAUUGAGAAGUCCGGCUCGAAUUCGUUUUCCUUGAUCGAAAAAUGGUCUCAAUGAUCGAUUUCCAGGCUUUCGUCGAGUACGAGGACGAGUCUGGCGCGGUCGGCUUUGUCACAUCAAUGACUGCCAUGCCUAUCCAAGUAUAUCUUCCCAUCUUUUGACAUCCUACCAUUAAGAAGCCUUCAGAUCCGAGGAAGAACGAUUUUCGCACAGUACAGUACGCACCAGGAGCUCAAGUUGGACAAGAGCAAAAGCCUCGCCGACGCCGAUGUCAGUUCAUUUUUGUGCUUUUUUCAUAAUGGGCAUCGGUCUGAUGGAAUUGAAAGAAAGAUUCUGUGAGAAGCUGCUGACAGGCCUGCGCUCCGUAGUUGUCAAUCACAGAAACCGCAACACGGAUGCGAAUAAUUCACAUCUCAUGUGCCUCGGUUCAUCGGCGGUCGCCGCAGGGGACACAUCUGCUUAUAAUCACGUUAGGCGUGUCGCUCUUCAUUGCUCCACACCAGACACCGACGCGUAUGGGCGGACGCUGAGCUUCCAAAUCUCGUUUCCAUUCUCAAUUCUCAUUUGUUUUCGGUAUGAUGGCCGUUUGUUGAGCGAAAAAACAAGCUGUAUGACUGGCUCAACAGAGCUCGCUACGACUAGACAGAUCACUUUGUUGCUGUGA